AUGCUCGUUCAGAACCUUUCUGAGCUUGUCGAACUUUAUCUUGAUGGUAUAGCUAUAUCAUCGCAAGGUAAAGAGUGGUGUCACGUCUUAUCAACUUCGAUGCCAAAUUUGAGAGUGUUGAGCUUGUCAAAAUGCAAUCUUUCAGGCCCUAUUGAUUUCUCGUUACAGAAUCUUAAGUCCCUCUCAGUUAUUCAGUUGAAUGGUAACGACUUUUCUUCUCCAAUUCCAAUUUUUUUUGCAGAUUUUAAAAAUCUGACAUCUUUGGAAGUCUCCUCUUCUAGUUUGAAUGGAAAGUUUCCAAAAAAGAUUUUCCAAGUUCCAACACUACAAACGAUUGACUUAUCACACGAUGACCUGCGAGGUUCUUUGCCAGAAUUUUCUCCAAAUGUAUCUCUUCGAACCAUGGUUCUCAACUAUAAAGGAUUUUCAAGGUCAUUGCCACAUUCUAUUGGCAAUCUUAAAAUAUGGUCAACAAUAGAUAUUUCGAAUUGCAAUUUCAGAGGAUCAAUUCCAAACUCAAUGGCAGGCCUCACACAAUUGGUCUAUUUGGACAUGUCACUGAACAUGGUUAGUGGAUCAAUUCCAGUAUUUAGCAUGACCAAGAAUUUGACCAACCUAGACCUUUCUUCCAAUAAUCUUACUGAGAUUCUUGAUUUAAGUUACAAUUCAUUAAACAGGGAUAUUCCAGUUUCAUUGUUUCCCCUCCCGUCAUUGCAGGCAUUACGACUAUCCAAUAACCAAUUUUCUGGGCAACUCAAGGAAUUUUCCAACAUUUCUUCUAACAAACUAGAAGAGCUUGAUUUGAGCAAUAACGAGUUGGAAGGGCCAAUACCCAUAUCCAUCUUUCAACUUCGAGGUCUUGUAAUCCUCCUUCUUUCUUCAAACAACUUUGAUGGCUCCAAUUUGUUGGUUGAAUAUAGUGGAUUUAACCUUUCAUCUUCCCACAUUCCCCAAAUUGCUUGGUUAGGCUUGGCUUCUAGCAAGUUGAAAAAAAUUCCUGAUUUCUGUAGAAACCAAUCCAUGUUAUACUCUUUAGACCUUUCGAGGAACCAGAUAUAUGGAGAGAUGCCUAAUUGGAUCUGGAAACUUCCCCAACUUAGAUUUCUAAAUCUCACUUAUAACUACUUGGUCACUCUCGAAGGACCUAUCUCCAAUCUCUCUUUUAUUGCGAGAUCUCUAGACUUUCGAUCCAACCAGUUCCAAGGCCAACUCCCAGUUGUCCCACUUGUCAGCUACUUGGAUUUCUCCAUGAAUGAUUUUCAUUCUGCCUUACCAGCUAGCAUCGCUAUCAAUAAAAACCAUCUAGAGGGAAAGUUACCGAAAUCUCUGAAGAAUUGCCAUUCAUUGGAGGUCUUGGACAUUGGUAACAACCACAUCAAGGAAACCUUCCCAUUUUACUUGAAUGGAUUAGCCCUAUUGAAGGUUCUUAUUUUGCGAUCGAACAAAUUUUAUGGGCCCAUUGGUCAUCCAAAGCUUGCCCCUUGGCCGAUGCUUCAAAUCAUAGAUGUAGCUUCAAACAAUUUUACCGGUAACCUGCCAAUAGUUCUCCUUUCUACUUUGAUGGCAGUGAUGAAUCAUGCACAUGAGGCCAAAUCUGAACUCAAUCACAUCCAAGUUCAAAUUGGUACUUUUUACUAUCAAGAUAAACUAACAGUUAGUAGCAAGGGUUUAGAGGUGCAGCUGGUGAAGAUCCUAACUAUCUUCACCACCAUUGAUUUUUCUUGCAACAACUUUGAUGGUCCUAUACUUGAAGAAAUUGGAGAAUUCACAUUGUUAUAUAUUCUCAACUUGUCGCAUAAUGCUUUCAUGGGCCAAAUUCCAGUAUCUCUGGGGAAAUUGAGUAAUCUUGAGUCACUAGACUUGUCAAGUAACAAGCUUACUAGAGAGAUUCAUAUGCAACUCACCAAUGGUCUUAUUUUCCUUUCGGUCCUCAACCUUUCGUUCAACCAAUUGGUGGGACAUAUUCCAUUUAUCAAGCAAUUCUCUACAUUUUCAGAAAAUUCCUUCAAAGAAAACAAAAGAUUAUGUGGUUUGCCUUUGAAAUCACAGUACUCACAUGAGGAGUCACGAUUGUCACCUCCAACGUAUGAAGAAUCUCAUAGGAAUAUGAUUGAGUGGAAUUACAUAAGUGCUAAAUUGGGAUUUGUUUUUGGGUUUGGAAUUGUAAUGGGGCCCCUUAUGUUUUGGAAGAGGUAG